AUGAGUAAUGUACCCAAUCAAAAUGGAUCAGGUCUAGAGCAGCAGUUUGCUGGUCUGGACUUGCAGGGCAACUCACAGCCCAGUUCGGCUCCAAGUAAGUACGUUCCACCUCAUCUGAGGAACAGACCGGAUAAUUCCGAAGCAGUAGAACCAGAAAGUGUUGAUACAGACAGAGAUUUUAACGCCCCUCGCCAACCAUCAGGAAACGAUCGCCGGGGUGGCCGAAGAGAUGAUUAUGAAGAUCGUUCCUACAAUGGAUCAUCGAGUUCCGGUUAUGGUAGCGGACGAGGCGGAGGUGGUUAUAGAGGCAAUUACCGCAAUGAUAGAGAUGGCGGCGAUUGGUCGCGUUUCAAUCAAGGAGGUAGUGGAGGAGGAGGAGGAGGAGGUGGCAGCAGGUGGCAAGAAGGAGGUGGUGGACGUGAUGGAAGAAGAGGUGGAGAAAAUCGUAGAGGUGGCCGUUGGGAUGAAUCUAGCGCUCCUAAUCAAGAUUGGACAAAACCACUCCCCCCUGAUGAACGUUUGGAGGAGGAACUUUUUGGAAAUAAUAGUACAGGCAUUAACUUCAAAAAUUAUGAAGAUAUUCCAGUUGAAGCAACUGGUGAAGAUAUACCCUCCCAUAUUAAUACAUUUGAUGACAUUAAGCUGACAGAUAUUAUACGCAUGAAUAUUGCAUUGACUCGUUAUGAUACUCCAACUCCAGUUCAAAAGUAUGCUAUACCGAUUAUUGUUGGCCGUCGUGAUGUUAUGGCCUGUGCCCAAACUGGAUCAGGCAAAACUGCUGCAUUCUUGGUUCCCAUACUCAAUCAGAUUUAUGAAAAAGGGCCAGCCGCAUAUAAUGUUGGGCCUAAGCUACAGUCAAGACGUAAAUAUCCUCUUGGUUUAAUAUUAGCUCCUACUCGUGAAUUAGCUACCCAAAUAUAUGAUGAAGCAAAGAAGUUUGCGUAUCGUUCUAGAGUGCGUCCGUGUGUUGUCUAUGGUGGUUCACAUGUUAUGGACCAAAUCCGUGAUCUAGAACAGGGGUGCCAUUUAUUAGUGGCUACUCCUGGCCGUUUAGUAGACAUGUUGGAGAGAGGUAAAAUUGGGUUAGAUUUUUGCCGAUACUUAGUUUUGGAUGAAGCUGAUCGAAUGUUAGAUAUGGGUUUUGAAACUCAAAUAAGACGUAUUGUAGAGAAGGAUUCUAUGCCUCCUCCAGGUGACAGACAAACUCUGAUGUUCUCUGCAACAUUCCCUAAAGAAAUUCAAAUGUUGGCUAGAGAUUUUCUUGACAACUAUAUUUUCUUAGCUAUUGGUCGAGUUGGAUCAACAUCUGAAAACAUAACACAAAAAAUUGUUUGGGUUGAAGACCGAAACAAAAGAUCCUAUUUAUUAGAUUUACUAAAUGCUACUCCAAUUAGAUCAAAACCUGCUGAGUCAUUGAUAUUGGUGUUUGUUGAAACUAAAAAAGGCGCCGAUUCUUUGGAAGAAUUUUUAUAUUCCAACGGUUAUCCAGUAACCUCUAUUCAUGGUGACCGAACACAGCGAGAACGUGAGGAUGCAUUAAAAAGUUUCCGAUCAGGGAACACACCGGUCUUAGUUGCUACAGCUGUUGCAGCUAGAGGCUUAGAUAUACCUCACGUAACACAUGUGAUUAAUUAUGACUUACCGUCAGAUGUCGAGGAGUAUGUGCAUCGUAUUGGACGUACUGGCCGUAUGGGAAACUUAGGUUUGGCCACUUCUUUUUUCAAUGACAAAAAUCGCAAUUUAACUAGAGACCUAAUGGAAUUGAUAACUGAAUCAAAACAGGAAUUACCUGGAUGGUUGGAAAGUAUGGCUGUAGACUUCAGAAUGAGCAGUGGAAGAAGAAGUAAUGGAGCAAAAGGAGGAAGUCGUUUUGGCGGUGCCGGAUUUGGUUCUCGAGAUUAUCGUACUACGAGCAGCAUGCCACCAAGGGGUGGUAGUUCAGGUCCACCUCGUAGGGACUAUGGAGGUGGCAGUAAUAAUGGAGGUGGAUUUUAUGGUGGUGGUAAUUAUGGAGGAUCAUACAAUAGUGGCGGUGCAGCUCCCAAUGGAAAUUCUUCAACUCAAGAUUGGUGGUCUCAGUCAUAA